AUGGAAACAGCAACCCUAGUCGCCAUUUUUAUAUCUGGUUUACUUGUAAGUUUUACCGGGUACGCCUUAUAUACCGCUUUUGGGCAACCUUCUCAACAACUAAGAGAUCCAUUCGAGGAACACGGGGACUAG